AUGAAACAAUUCUGGAUAAACACCGGUAACUUCUUUCGCUUCUAUUGGCGCAUGAUCUUCGCUAUAAGUUGGUUCAUACUUCUUACAAUUAUUCUAAUCAUGUACAAUUCCUCAGAGAUCAGAUGCUUAUUCGUGAUACUAUUAAUGGCAGGAUAUUGGGUGACCGAGGCUAUUCCGGUACCUAUUACUUCUAUGAUACCGGUCGUUCUCUUUCCAAUCUUUGGAAUAAUGAACACAACGGAGACUGUGAAUUGCUACAUGAAUGAUCCCAUAAUAGUUUUCAUGGGUGGCUUGAUCCUUGCUUUCGCAACGGAACAUUGCAACCUGCAUAUGAGAAUCGCUCUUAUAGUCAUGAAAAUAGUUGGUUGUAGCCACUCGAAGCUUCUAGGAGGUCUCUGUACCGUAACCACUUUUCUAUCUAUGUGGAUCGCAAAUGCUGCAGCCACAGCAAUGAUGGUGCCCAUUGUCUUUGCCGUUCUCUACGAAUUGGAAAGGCAAGGACUAGGAAAAGUAUUUCAUGUUAUCAUAGAUCCAAAUGAACCCGAUGCUGAUCCUUUCAGAGAAUUGAAGCCAACGAACGUGACGAAAGCUUAUUUCUUGGCGGCAGCAUACGCGUCGACGUUCGGGGGCACUGGAACUUUAGUCGGUACACCGACGAAUCUCGUCUUCAAAGGCAUCUACGAAUACACCUUUCCCGAAGCAGAUCCAAUCACUUUUGGGAAUUGGAUCGCAGCUUGCUUUCCUCAAAUGGCCAUUAACACCUUCGUUUUGUGGAUCCAUCUUCGAAUAGUUUAUCUCGGUUUCUUAAGACCAAAGAGCAAAGAUGCCGAAGCUGCGAAGAUCGGUCCAGAAGGAGAGAAAAUAGCUAAUCAAGUGAUAAAAGAGAAGCUGAAAGAAAUAGGUCCUAUGUCGUUCCACGAGACCAUUGUAUCGAUACUCUUUUUAACAUGUAUAUUUCUCUGGAUAUUCAGAGCUCCCGGAUUUAUCAUAGGCUGGGCAGAACUUAUCUCGGACGUGGAGAUUAAGGAUUCAACACCUGUUGUGCUCAUUUGCUUGCUGAUGCUUUACAUCCCUAGGGAUCCCGAUUUUAUAUACUCUUGGAGUCGAGAUCCUGAGAAGAGACCAUGGGGUCCUUCCGAAGGUUUAAUAACUUGGAACAUGAUUCAACGAAAGAUGCCAUGGAGAUUGAUUUUUCUACUCGGUGGUGGAUUUGCUAUCUCCAAGGGCAGCAAUAAAUCUUGUCUGGCGAUGAAAAUAGGUCAUUUGUUGUUACCGUUAAAACAUUUACAUCCUAUAUCGCUAUUAUGUAUCGUUUUGUUAUUCAUUGGUACUCUAACGGAAAUAACGUCGAACGUAGGCACUGCAAACAUCGUUAUACCCAUAGUAGCACACAUGUCUACUGCGAUGAAGGUACAUCCUCUUUAUCUGAUGGUGCCAUCGACAAUAAUGUGCUCCUAUGGAUUUCGAUUACCAGUCAGCACUCCACCAAACGCAAUUGCAUCGAUCGCGGCUCACAUACGAACGCCAAUGUUAAUCGUCGGCGGCUUUCUUCCUGCAAUAUAUAGCUUACUCGUACAAAUAGUUACCUUUCCACUUUUGGGAACCUUGGUUUUCGGCACCGACAAAUUCCCAGAAUGGGCAGAAAAAAAAGUAGCGUUAUUUUCCAACGGACAUUGCAAUUAA